GACCUAAGGGUGUAAACCACAUUGAGUUCAGUCUAUCACAAUCCGUCGCGGAGACCAGACGGUUGAUCGGUCUAAAAAAAGUAUGUUACAGUGUUAAAAAAAAUAAAAAAUGGAUCACCAAAGUUUGGAGAAAACGUCAUCUGUCAGCCCAAUGCUGCCCAAGGAAAAGGACAAGACAAUAAUUCUUACUCAGCAAAAUGGGCCUAGGAUUUUGAUAAGGGAAGACACGAUCCUGGCGAAUCUGCCUGGCUGUGCCGGUUGUGGUAGAGCUCAGUUCGCUUGCUCGGGGAUGAAGAAGAAGUGGAGCGCUUUGUGUUGGGGGAAGCAGUCGGAAAAAAAAUAUUACUGUUCUCUGGUGGUGCUCUCCGCCACGUUCGCUCUCAGUCUCCUCGGUACGAUAUUCUUCUGCUUCACCAACGUCAUCAAUGACGCCAUACUUUCGAGCAUGGUCCUCAAGAACAACUCGCUCGCGUUCUCCAUGUGGAGGCGGCCUACGGUUCACCCCCUCAUGAAGGUGCACCUCUUCAACUACACCAACUGGCAGCGAGUCAGAGAUGGUCUGGACACCAAGUUUCACGUUGAGGACGUCGGUCCCUACGUCUACUCGCAACAACUAGAACGAGUGAAAAUCAGAUUCGUCAAGGACUUACUAACGUUUCAAGAACACAACAACUUCAAGUUCCUCCCCGAAGCCAGCGCGGGCGCUCAUUUCGAUAAAGUGUUUGUGCCUAAUUUACCCUUAUUGGGUGUGACUUCAAAAAUUGAGAACGCGGAGUUUUUUGCCCGGAUGGGCGUGCAAGCCGCGUUGAAUACGUUUGGAAAUCACAAGGAAGCUUUUUUACAGCUGCCAGUGCAAAGAUUUCUUUGGGGAUACGAAGACAAUAUCAUCACAAUUGCGAAGCCUUAUUUGAGCAUCCAAGGACAAUUGAACUUCGAUAAUUUUGGACUCUUAGUGACAAAAAACGGUACGUCGUCUGACGUUUUCACGAUUAACACGGGAGAAAAUGACAUAAACAGAAUGAAUAUUAUAGAGGAAUUCAAUGGACAUAAAGCAUUGCCUUAUUGGGGAAGCCCCGAGUGCAAUUCCAUAGAGGCGUCUGACGGCUCCAUAUUUCCGCCAACGUUUUUGGACAGAAACCAAACUCUGAAAGUCUUCUUCCCAAACUUGUGCAGGAGUAUACCCUUUAAGUACGUCAAGGAUGUGGAAAUGGGCGACGGUGUGAACCUUCUCCGAUACGAGAUGCCACGCAACGUGUUCGACGACCCUGACCACAACCCCGCCAACCAGUGCUACUGCCAAGUCGACACCGGCUCUUGUCCGCCGCGCGGCGUCAUUGACGUCACUCAGUGUGCUAUGGGAGCCCCAGCGCUUGCCUCGUUCCCGCACUUCCACCUCGGCGACCCAGCCCUGCGCGAGCGGUUCACCGGCCUCCACCCUGACUCCGAACAGCACCAGUCGUACCUCGACAUACACCCUACGCUUGGUAUCGCAUUGAGUGGAAAAUCUAACUUACAACUGAAUAUGCAAGUGAAGAAACCGGAAUCUUUCGGCCCUGUCAACUACUUGCCUCAAGGACUCAUACUGCCCAUCGCUUGGAUUGAGAUGUCCGUGGAAGAGCUUCCAGAAAGCCUGCAAUCCCUCGUGUACCACGGCACGUACUCCACCGCCGCGGCGCAGCUGGGCCUGUCCGCCUUCUGCACCAUCUCCCUCGCCAUAUCCGCCAUAUGCCUGUUCGUGAUGCUGGUCAGGCGGCGCAGGAAACCUUGCGCCAUCGUCAAGAUCGUCUCCACGGAUACCGAGCUCAAAACUCAGUUCGCUUGAAUGUGUGUUGAUUUGCAUCUUUGGUUAGGUACCACUUACCAGACAUUUGAAAAGAAUGUGGAUAAAUUAUUGUGAUAAUCAGUUCUUCAAGUUGGCAGCCGAGGAGUUUGCGUAUCUGUCCAUGAUUGGUAGAUUCUCUGUACAAAAAAAAAUUGUGCUCACUGCGCUUACAAGAUGUUUGCUUCGUAUCUCAGAUUGCCAUUGAAAUUGGAAAGAAUGUGAAUAAAUUAUUGUGUUUUAGUUUUAAGACUAUCAAUUCGUCAAGUUGGCAGCCGAGGAGUUUGCGUAUCUGUCCAUGAUUGGUAGAUUCUCUGUACAAAAAAAAUUGUGCUCACUGCGCUUACAAGAUGUUUGCUUCGUAUCUCAGAUUGCCAUUGAAAUUGGAAAGAAUGUGAAUAAAUUAUUGUGUUUUAGUUUUAAGACUAUCAAUUCGUCAAGUUGGCAGCCGAGGAGUUUGCGUAUCUGUCCAUGAUUGGUAUAUUCUUUGUACAAUAAAUAAUGUGCGCACUGCACUUACAAGAUGUUUGUUUUGUAUCACAGGUUACCAUUGACAUUUGGAAAGAAUGUGAAUAAAUUAUUGUGUUUUAGUUUUAAGACAAUCAAUUCUUCAAGUUGGCAGCCGAAACGUCUGUGCGUGAUUGGUCAGAUUCUAUGAACAAAAAAAUUGUGCUCACUGCGCUUACACGAUGUGGUUAGACGAGCGUAAUUUAUCUAAGACUUUAUACAUACUGCGCAAUUUCGGUCACAUUAUCUAACUACCUUAAGAAGAUUUUACUUAAAUAAUAAUAUGUAAUCUGAAUUAUUUAAAAAAUGUUCGUCUAGCCUCACGCUAUUUGUAGGUAUAAAUAAAACCAACCCGCUGUAACAGACAUGUAGGUACUAGGUAGGCUCUACAUAAAUUGCGAGAAAAUAUUCCUUUGCCUUUCAGUAAAUCAAGAAGAUCAAGGUGUUUUUUCUAUAAAAUUAACAAAACGUACAAGCUCGAUUGCGAAGCUUGAUUGUAAUUUAAUUAGUUAUUUAGUUACCCUUUACAUUUAAUUACGUUUGAUUGACUAAUGAGGAAAUUAUAAAAUUAUGUCAUUCGGUUUUCAUAUUGAAAAAUAAAUUGUAUGGCCAAUUUUACAGUAGGUUACACAAAUUUGUAGAUGUAUAAGAUUGUGAUGAACCCAAAUUUUGCAUGAUGGCGUUGAUAGUUCUAUACCGUGUAAUUAAAAUAGUUAAAUAUUGUGUAUUGUAACAAUAAAAUGAAAUUGAGAUAAUUCGCGGGCUCCAUUGUGAUUGUCAUCGACGACCUUAUUAUGGUCUAUAACCAGUUCACUCCAAAUUUGGCUGAUUUUUUUUUUAAUUUUUCAAGGUAGGUACUUACGCGGUAUACAACAAUAUUAGUUACGCGGUAUGGGACUAUCAAAGACAAUAAAGGUGCCCACUGCCCACGCACUCGAACUGAACGAUACGAUACGGUUUGAAAGCUAAAAGCCAAGUUUUAUUGGCCGAAGAUUUUCCUCAACAAUAAAAUUAUGUACAAUUAAAACUUGA